AUGUUAGUCUCUGCAGCAGAUUCCUCCGUCGUUGAGGACCGGCCUAGUGACUCCGAAAAAAUCGCGCACGAAACCCCUACCGACACGAACGCACCGACACAAUGGGGCCAGAUUGCGAUACUGUUGGCGCUGUAUCUGGUGAUGUUUGCAGUUGCGCUGGACAACACGAUACUUGCACCUGCUCUCCCCGUCAUCACGGACCAUUUUCACUCUCUCGACGACAUGGGAUGGUACAGCUCGGUCUACCUACUGACAAUGUGCGCCACGCAGAUCCUCCACGGUCGGCUAUGUACCAUGUACUCCAUUAAAUGGGUUUACAUGACAAAUUUGGUAAUCUUCGAAAUCGGAUCCGUCGUGUCGGCGGCAACUCCCACCUCGGUUGGCUUGAUACUUGGACGGGCUAUCACGGGAAUAGGCGCUGCAGGGCUUCUUUCAGGGACUAUCUUGCUCAUUGCUGCGAGCAUGUCUUUGCGGCUUCAGGCAACGGCUUUGGGAAUUCUUGGGGGGCUGAAGGGCGCUGCAGCCGUGGCUGGGCCAUUGAUGGGUGGGGCUUUCACAGACAAGGUUUCCUGGCGAUGGUGCUUCUACAUCAAUCUCCCCCUGGGCGGAGUCGGCGCCGUGGUCAUCCUUUUCUUAUUCCAUGCGCCCUCUCCUACUUUCGUUCCUGAUGCAACGAAAGGCAGCCGACUAAAACAGCGAUUAAACCAGCUCGAUAUUGAGGGCACAGUACUCUUCAGUGCGUGCAUUAUUUGUCUCCUACUGGCCAUCGAAUGGGGUGGGGCAAAAUGGACCUGGAGCAACGGUCGCAUUAUUGCCCUGUUCGUGAUCUUCGGGGUCACAUUGGUAGCCUUCUGCAUUGUGCAGGCCAAAAAGAAAGAAAUGGCAAUGAUCCCACCAAGGGUAGCGGAGAACCGAAAUGUCUGGAGCUGCGGUCUAUAUAGCGCCAUGCUUGGAGCCGCAUUCUAUAUUCUCGUUUACUAUCUCCCUAUAUGGUUCCAAGUAAUCAAAGGUGCCUCCGCCGUACGCUCGGGGAUUAUGAACCUUCCCAUGCUCGUAUCGCUGAUUGUGAUCUCCAUUCUCAGCGGUGCCUUAGUCUCCGCCAUGGGAUACUAUACUCCCACUAUGAUCAUGGGCUGUAUCCUGGUACUCAUCAGCACCGCGCUGAUGACCACCUUUACUCCGGACACUGGGACCGUAAAAUGGGCUGGCUACCAAGUCAUCAUGGGUGCUGGAAUUGGCAUGGGGGCGCAGCAAACUGUCCUCGCUAUGCAGGCUUCACUACCCGCUACAGACGUGCCUGUUGGUACGGCUCUGAUGAUAUUCUAUCAGACGCUUGGAGGUGCUGUUUUCCUGAUCGUGGCGCAGAAUAUCUUUCAGCAUGAGCUGUUGAAAAGAUUAACCGCUAGGAAUAUUCCGGGUGUAGAUGCGAGCAGUGUGGCCGCUGCGGGAGCGACGGAGGUUAGGAGCCUAGUGCCCGCAGAGUAUCUGGGAGAGGCGUUAGAGGCGUAUAAUGCAGCAGUGGUGAGGACGUUUUAUAUCUCGGUUGCGUUGGCGGGAGUGGCGGUUUUGGCAACGUUUGUGCCGGAGUGGAAGUCGGUUAAGACGGGGGUGAAGAAUAGAGAAGAGCAGGACAAUGUCGAAUGCGGAGGGAAUGAGAUCGUGUAG